AUCCCCGAUUGACGCCUGCAACUUCAUUCACAUAAGCUUCCGCGACGACCAACUUCGCCAUUAAAUACCCUCCAUCUCUUGAAUGCCCUCGACUACAAACACUGUCAUUUGCCCUAUUUGCUCUCGCGAUGUUCCAGAAAACACAAUCAAUGCUCACAUUGACAACGGCUGCUCGGAUGCGGGACCAUCAAAGCAGCAACCCCUUCCAGCUACCACGGACAAAGUUGGUGCCAAAGUACCCGCUCUCGCAUCCAUAUUCGUGAAACAGGACAAGAAUAUCACUCCUUCACAGGCUCAACAUCCUGCAGGCCCGCCUACAGUUCGCAAGACUGACAUUACAAAGAAACGCAAGGCGACGCAGGACGUCCCCGCCCCUACGAAACAAACGCCUCAAAAACGCGCCAAGGCAUCAACAUCCAUAAGUGCACACAAGCAGGCUGCUGCGCCGCUACCCGAGAGGUUAAGACCUCAAUCUCUCGCCGAGUUUGUUGGCCAGUCUCACCUCACAGGGCCAGAGUCACUCCUCAUGACGUUGACACGGAAUGGUUCGCUUGGAAGUAUGGUUCUAUGGGGUCCACCAGGAUGCGGCAAAACGACUCUUGCUCGGCUUUUAGCCAAAGAAUCUAACGCAGUGUUCAAGGAACUUAGCGCUACUGACUCUAAUAUUAGCGACGUUCGCGCAGUGGCCGAAGAAGCAAAGAAUGUGCUAUCCCUGACAUCCAGGCGCACUAUCCUAUUCCUCGAUGAAGUGCACCGUUUCAAUAAAGCACAACAGGACAUAUUUCUGCCUUUCAUCGAGCAAGGCGUCAUUCAGCUCAUAGGCGCAACUACCGAGAAUCCUUCAUUCAAGUUAACUGGCGCACUGAUUAGCCGUUGCCGUGUCUUUGUUCUCGAACCGCUUACUGAAGAAAAUAUCAGACGUAUAAUUGUUCAAGCAAUCAAGAGGAUCGGUAGCUCACUCCCUGAUGCUGAUGGUGCAGACGAACGUCCUCCCGACAUCAUCACCUUGGCCUCCUCCAGUCAAGAUACGGCAGCGAACCUGUCUCAGUCAACGACCGCUACUAUGACCGAGCAUGAUGACCAUCCACCCCCGCCAUUCCCACAGUUCCCGCAAUGCACAGAAAAGAUCAUUUCCACCAUAGCUUCAUUAUCCUCGGGCGACGCACGUACCGCACUCUCCUUACUCGAACUCGUUCUUAACGCUCCAAAGAAUACAAAUCCGGAAACCCUACUCGCGCAACUCAGACAAUCAGUAUCUACCUCUUAUGAUCGUACAGGUGAUUCUCGGUAUGACAUGAUAUCCGCAUUGCACAAAUGCGUCCGAGGAAGUCAAGGUAGUGCUGCUAUGUAUUGGUUAGCACGUAUGCUCUCAGCAGGCGAAGACCCCAUGUAUAUCGCGCGAAGGAUGACCGUCUGUGCUAGUGAGGAUGUUGGGCUCGCAGAUCCGAAAGCGUUACCACUAGCUGUAGCGACCAUGCAAGCAUGUGAAAUGAUCGGAAUGCCAGAAUGCCGAAUCAACCUGGCUCAUCUGGUCGCAUACCUUUCUGAAGCACCAAAGUCGACUCGUGCAUAUGCGGCGUACUGUCGGGCGGAAGAGGCUGCAAAGGCCAACCCGAUACUACCUGUCCCUCUGAUGGUCCGUAAUGCUCCUACUCGCCUUAUGAAAGAUCUUGGAUAUGGUACUGAGUACCACUAUAACCCUGACUAUAUACACCCUGUAACCAAUGAAUACCUACCACCAGAGUUACAAGGAGAGAAAUUCUUGUAUCCAGCUGGUGAUACUACUGGAAAGCUGUGGGAUGAGAAGGCACUUCAGACAUGGGAACAGAAGGAGAAUGGGGAGCAGAAGUGGUCUGGUAGAGAAGAUUACCUAGAUCUUCAAGACUCAGACUCCCAUUCUCAGGAUGUCAAACAUUGAAUCAUACUCCAGUGAUGUCACUAUAGCCAUCCAUCCAAGAAGAUUACUACAUGUACAUAUUACCAGUAUGCUAUGGAUAUAAUAAAGAUCUUGGUUCAUCUAUUUCC